AUGUUUACUACAUUUAUUUUUAUGCUAUUGUAUUCUCUGAAUUUUACAUGUGUUUAUUCUGAUGAUAAAACUGGUUUCAUUCUGUACUGUCCUUGCAUGGGAAGAUUUGGUAAUCAGGCAGAUCACUUUUUAGGAGCAUUAGCAUUCAGUAAGGCUAUCAACAGAACUUUGGUUCUGCCUCCAUGGGUGGAAUACAGAUUUGGUGAACCAAGAUCUAUUCAAGUACCAUUUGAUACAUACUUCAAAGUAGCAAACUUAGAAAAAUAUCACAAUGUGAUGACAAUGGAGUACUUCAUGAAAGAUUUGGCUCCUAAUAUUUGGCCAAAGUUUAAAAGGAUUUCUUUUUGUUACACGCAAAGAAUGGGUGAACUAGAAAACAGUUGUAAUGCCAAGUCUGGUAACCCAUUUGGGCCUUUCUGGGAUAAUUUUAAUAUUGAGUUUGUGGACUCUGAAUUUUACGGACCUUUAAAUUAUGAUGCCCAUAACAAAAUAAUGAUAGACAAAUGGAAAGAUAAAUAUCCUUCUACAACAUGGCCAGUUUUGGCUUUUACUGGUGCACCUGCGAGUUUUCCAGUACAAAAAGAAAAUGUUCAUUUACAAAAAUAUCUUACAUGGAGUGAUGAUAUAGCUAGCAAAGCUAGAAUAUUUAUAAAGAAGAAUAUGAGUGGUGGUGCCUUUUUGGGCAUACAUUUAAGGAAUGGACAGGAUUGGGUGAAAGCAUGUCAGCAUGUCCAAGAUAGUACUAUGCUGUUUGCUGCACCUCAAUGUGUUGGUUAUAAAAAUGAAAGAGGUCCACUUACAUUGUCUAUGUGCCUACCCCAGCCGUCUGAAAUUAUCAAGCAAGUAAAGAGGGCACUCAAGAAACUGGAAAAUGUAAAGUUCAUCUUUGUGGCAUCGGAUUCCAAUCAUAUGAUAAAUGAUUUGAACAAAGCAAUACAUCAUUCUGAAGUUACAGCUAUUAAACUACAGCCAUCAAAUCCACAUCUAGACUUAGCUAUUCUUGGCCAGGCGAAUUACUUUAUAGGCAAUUGUGUAUCAUCUUACUCAGCUUUUGUAAAGAGGGAAAGAGAUGCAAGAGGUUUACCAUCCGAAUUUUGGGCAUUUCCAAACAGAAAGAAAAGUAAACAUGAAGAAUUGUAA